AUGAAGGAAAAAAACAAAAAUAGGAAUAUGAAAGCUAGGGCCUUCCCUCCAAGCGAAGCGCAAGGUGUAGACCUCCAUCUUGUGAAAAUAUAUGCUCCUCAAACGGGUUGCAAAGAAGAAGAGAAAGAUGACUUUAGAGCUAUCCUUUAUGAAACUGUAAUGGAAUACCCUAAGGAUGACCUAUGGUACAAGGAAAACACAGAUAGAUUACAUGCUAAUCACUCGCAGAAGAUUAAAAGAUGUAAAAGACUGCAAAGUCAUCCCAGGAGAAGAUAUUGCCGCGCAACACAAGAGCUUCUCAACUUUAAUCUCCACAUACUACAUCUAGAUGAACACUCCCCAUGUCAAAACCUUAUACCACCAAUAACAGAACAAGAGUUAAUCAUACGCCUCAAGCAUAUGGAAAACAACAAAGCUAGGGGUCCAGAUGAUAUUCCAAUAGAAAGCCUUAAAGCACUAGGAGAUGAUGGAAUACAUUUCCUCACAAAUCUAUACAAUAAAAUACCUCCUCAAAAAUGGAGGAAGAUCUAUCUAGUCCCUAUCUUCAAAAAUAAAGGGGCCCACACAAUUGUCAAAAUUACAGGGGCAUAA